AUGUUCGAACAGUCGAGCCCUCCAGUCCAUCAAAUCUGGGGUUCACCUAUUUUGCCGCUCCAGCAUAUAUCGUCGAACGGCCACUACAUGCCAACAUCGGGCUACGUGCUGUCGAAUCCUCGAAACCCGUCACUGGAGGGGUUUUUACGAGAUGGGACUAUUCUGUCCUGGGCAGAGUUUGAGGAGCUUGCAUACCUCAAGACACAUCCGCAGACGAUAUCACGAUUCAUUCAUGUUCAAGCUUGGACAAUGGAUGUGAAGUUGGAAAACCACAAGUCGAGAGACGAAAGUCGCAAGUCUUGCUUGUACCACGUCGUUCAAACUUCGCAUGGACAGCAGUACAACAAAGUCGAGUUCAUGAACGAAAAGUUCGAAGAUCUUGAGACGGAAGAACUACGAUUGCUAUCCACCAAAACCUACACGGCUAUUCUUGUGUCCGGCAUUGAGAGGCUGUUCAAACCAUUGGAAGGGAUGUACUUCAUGUUGGUUGAGAUAAAAACAGACCACGCGGAGAGGGUAGGGAUUCUGAAACUUGAGAAGGACUUCCAGUGGUGGGCCUUGAAAAAUAGGCAAUGGUUGAAUCCCGGCAUAGCAUCGAAAAAGGAGAUUGAUGUUGAUGGAUUGAAACUCCAGUGGAAGGAAACUAGGCUCGGAUAA